CCGAUCAGCGCGGGUCCCUGCGGUGUAUGCACGAACGCACCAAAAACGACGCCACAUAUUCCAAACCACCUUCCCGACGUCCUACUGACCUCGCGCGGUCGCCAAACAGCGGCGCAGCUACUGAUAUAUGAUCGGGUCGAUGCCCCCCACCGAUCUUUGAAGGUCAGCUAUCUCCGCCAAAGUGGUCACCUACCGAGGGUAACCGGGUCGGUUGUGCAUACAUCCCACUUCGACCUUCAGACACGAUAAGGGAGGACGCGUUCCCUGCUGAUCGAUGCAGCGCAGUGCUCGAACAAUACAUCGAGGGCGUAUUCGGGAUGUGUCCGGACCCAUCGUGGGUGCUGGGGGUAAUGGGGGAUAGGUGCUGUAGCCUGAGAUCGCGUCGUGAAGCGCUAGACGCGUGGUAUGAGGAGUUCCGAGGGAUCCCGGUGUGCUGUCCAUUCCACUCGUCUGGGAUGCUGAGCUGUACUCUCGAGGACGUGGGAGCCGUCGUCAGAACUGCGGGGGGCGACGGCGAUGAGAGCAGAACGCAGAUGGAGCGGCGGGGGAAGUGCGGUCGGCAAUUGCCGACGACCGGCGGCGCGGGGCGGAAGCCGGUUUUCCCGCCUCCCCGCGAUCCCGACGGCCGGGGGCACGAGCCUUCGGCCGCUCUCGUGCGCUCUCGCACCGCCGACUGUCCGUCUUGCUCCCCGAACGUCUCGUCGACGGCCGCGCCGUGUCCGUCCUCCCUUGUCAUCUCGUCGAUCUUGUCGGCGACGCGCACGCAAAAGCGGCGAGAGCUCUUGCUCGAUUGUCUUUCACAUCACCACCCAACACAAGACUCAAGCUCGGUCUUUGACGAGGCGCAGCUCGUUACGCGCGCACAUCGGUUUGGGUAUGGAGUAGACGGAUUUGCGCCCGGCGAGCGGGAAUAUACAACUCUCCUGAUAUCGUCUAAGUCUUCCCUGUCGUUCGUCUCCGCCACCGCCGCUGUCCGAGUCCUCAGAACUCACGGAAAAUUCUCCUCAUCGCCGCACGCCACCCCAACCGAAUUCAUCGCUGAAGCAACAGAUCGUCGUCCGCCGAGCGGUGCAAUACGGUGCGUGGUACGAUGUCUGUCUCCCAGUCCAGCGCUCACAAAUGUCCAGGCCCCGAACGCCGAAUCUCCUCCACGAAACGGGCCUGGAAUUUCGGUCCUCCGAGAGAAGGUCUCGCCCACCGGCUCCACCUAUCCCUUCCUUUCCCUCAACUCCUUUCGCUGCUCAACCACGAUCGCGCUCUUCACGACCACGCCUCAUCGCCGCAUUCCACGCCUCAUCGCCGCAUUCCACGCCUCAUCGCCGCAUUUCACGCCUCACUGCCCCAUUUCAUCCCCCAUCGCUGCAUUCCACGCUCACUAUCCGAGUCAAGCGCCGAAGCAACGGCCGAUUUUAUCCGCCGAGGGUCGAGCGGCGCCGUACAAUGCUUCAGGCGAAUUUACGGUGCGUGAUACCUCUCUCGAGCUCAUGCAGAAGACUUACGACGCUCUAGAUUGUUCGCGGGAGGCGACGACGCCAUCAAUCGCCGCUCGGCGAGCGAGGCUGUCGCGUUCAGGCCAUCUGUAUCUUUCCAAAACCUCCGACGUCUCGCGCUCAUCGUCUCCGCAUCGUCAUCAUGCCGUCGCACUCACAUCUCUCUUCUCCCUCUGUGAGCAGCAACACGGGCUCGCUCGUCAACCUCAACAACUCGUGCUCGACCUCGGUCUCGCCUCUGCUUCAAGUCUCCUUCCCUCGGUUGCCUCGCCCCUCCCCUCGGUCGCCUCACCUCUCCCGUCGGUUGCCUCGCCUCGCCCCUCCUACCGCCUCAAGUCGCCUUCCACCUCCCUUCGCCUCGCUUCUCGCCUUACACCACCUCCCAUCUCUUCGCCUUUCGCCUCCCUUCGCCCCAAACUUCCUCGCGCUCCUCAAGCUCCUCAACCUCUCCUCGCGCUCCCCCAACCUCUCCAAUGCGCUCCUGGCAACGCCCAGCCUCCUAGCGCCUUCUGAUCAAUACAGCAACAUAUUUUCGUCCGCCGAGCGACCUAAUCAGGUCUGGGCUCUCGUCUCUGAGUCGACCCGUCGUAUUUGAUUCUUCCCAUCAUCUUGGGACUUUGCAGUCGGCCG